CACGGCGCGUGCAGGUCACGUGCAUGAUUGCGCGUUUUGGAUUUGUAAACAACUCCGAUAAAACGAACAAAAUUACCUCUCAUUUGUUACUUUGUUACUUUGACAGUUAAAAAAAAACUCCAGAGACACAUUAUUCGACGGUGACACAUUAAAUUGUGUCAUGGCUCAGCGUUUCUUUGGAAAUUCAGGCUCAAUGACAUUGCAGUCAACACCCAAAUCAAGUCAUUACCAUGCAUCACCAAAGAUGCCAGAUGAUGGUCUUAACUCAACAGGUGAAACUUUGUCAUUUGUUACCCUGAAUGACAGCUCUGAGCAGCAAAGUGAGGACUCGGGUAUUGGUAUUUCAAAUGCCUCAACUAGGAGUUUACCAGGCAGCAGUACUCUGGAAGAUGUUGCCGUUUUAUCUCCCACAAAUGAACGGAUAGAUGAGAUUGGAAAGAAAGCACAGGACCUUAUUGAGAGAAUCAAUGAGAGACGGGCCAUGGACCAACAUGUGAUGAACAGCUUUGAGGAAAAUCUCAUUAAAAAGGUGAGAGAGAUGUGUCAGCAGGUGAAGGAGCAGAUGUUUGAGUAUUAUGAGCAGCACAGUCAGGGCAUGGAGGCCAGCAUCGCUGAGCUGUCGGAGGUGCUGGAGAGAUGCAGUCAGCUGAGCAUGGAGCUACAGGGAGCCAGUCAAACCCUGGCCAUCAUCAAUAAAGGCCUGCAGCACAGCACAGAGCAGUAGAUACACAGCCAAACAAUAACAUAAUAUGAGGCAGGAUACACUUAUUUGAUUUUUGUG